GCAGCCAUGCAUCACGCUGUUGCCUUUCUACCUAAUGAGAGCUUUGGCGAGAGAGAGAGAGUCAACAAAUUGCUUUGAAACCCCACAAAAUACCUUCGAGGGGCCGGGGAAGAAGAGAGGAAUCAAAAGAAAGUCCUCGCUGGCACCGGGGCAGAAAGAUACAUAAAGAGACGCUUGCUGUCAGGCAUUGAUUGUUCGGAAAGCUGAAGGAGCCGGGAUGAGGUUGCCUGGCAGUGCAGGAAGGCAGAUGGAGGCAUGCAAACCGCUCACCGAGCAAGUCCUGCAGUGACAUGAUUGAAACUGAUAGCCUCCCCCGGGAGGAGGUGCUUUGCUCUACCUUUGCCAUCCAUCUUGUGAAGCAGAAGGCAUUGCUGAGAAAGGGCUGAUUGCACUGUAUAGGACUUGGGUACCAAGCGCUAUAUGCUAGUGGGAUUGCUCAUAUCACUCUGCAGCCAGCCUCUUCCAUACUGCUGGUGUUGUUUUGAUGCAGGCGAAAUGGGCUGAGUGAAGUUUCCCAACGUAGCCCUGGCGAGUGGGAGCGAAGAGUCUGUGUGUAUUAGUAUUCGCAGGUGUGCAGGUUCCCCACGAUGUUCUGAGGCACGAGCAGCAGGGGGAUUCAGCAUCUGUGAAAUUGUAGGCCGCUUGUAUAGCGACGUCUGGCUUUUUGAAUGGCUGGUUUCCCUAAGCCCCCAAAGCACGAUAAUUGCUCAUUCAGCAAUGGCAGAGUCAGGCAGCACCCAGAGCCCAUCCCAGGUCUUGAGUUUGUGGAGCAGGCAGCUCUGAACUACGAACCCUAAAGCACUCAGACCAAGGAUCUGCCAACAUUAGGGAAAGGCUCCCACUGACUGGGUUUUGGCUCAGAAGCCAUAGCACAGGCGCAGGGGCUUGCACUGCAGGUCUGUCCGUCUGUCUGCAUCACGAAUGGUGUAGGAUUGAAGCCCUGGGUCCAUCUGGAUGUGGAUCUGAAUUUUGUCGCUGUCACUGUUUCAGUUGUACAAGAUUCUCAAUCCCGUUCCCGGAGUUUUGCUUUGAGUUUAGGGUUUGAACACGCAUUGAAACCAGGCAACACCUUCAACUCUGAAUCCAAAUAUUCCUCUUCUUUUCAACCCUGCUCAGGAGACAAGUCAAAACAAAAAACUAUCCAAAUGUGUCCCUGGUGUAACAUCAGUGAAGUUCUGCCAAGAAUUAACUUAGCCUUCAUCUCUGGACUGCCGGCGCUACAAGCGCAAUCAGGACCCGGACGUCAUGCUGAGUCCCAGGUCCUUCUUGUUUGCCUGCAUAACCUUGGCGAGUCAUGUCAUAGGACACGUGCAUGGUCAAGGGCCAAACCGGUUGAAACUAACCGUCCUCUCAGAAGACAGGCUACAGAUGAAAUGGAAAGCAACAGAAGGGAACACCAACGGUUAUAAGGUUCAAGUGAAGCCCAUGGCAGGUGACCCGGAACAGGAAGUCAUGCUGAAAACCAAAACGCCUAAGGCAACAGUGGGGGGGCUGAGCCCCACGAAGGAAUACACCCUGCAAAUCUACGUGCUCAAUGGCUCCCAAGAAGCCCUGUUUGCUAAAAGGAAAUUUGUGAUUCAGGAGCUGAAAAACGUCUCGCAGGCUAGAAAUACCCGAAGGAACACAGCGACCUCCCCAGGAAACAGCAUCACUCCUUUGAGAAAUACAGCAACUGAGCACAUUCCAGCGGCUAAGACAACGUCACCGGCUCCGAGUGAAGCCUCAACACAGACAGCAAAAGACAGACCUGAAAAGAGAAGACAGAAGGCAACAGUAUCCAAGGGCUCCAGUGAAACCCUCGGAAGGAAACCAAACACCAAGUUCGGUGUGACAGAAACACUGACAGUGCUGAAAACAACUCUGCGCAGCCCCACAAAAUCUGAGCGAGGAGAUCUAGGCCAAGGAAAACACACAAAGGAAACUUUAAAGAGAGGUCCUCAGUUUCGAUGUGACACAUCUGCCACAACUGAUAUCGUCCUGCUGGUGGAUGGGUCUUGGAGUAUUGGACGCAGCAACUUCAAGCUUAUCAGGGAGUUUCUGAGCACCUUGGUUUCACCAUUCAGUAUUGCCCGGGAUAAGAUAAGGAUAGGUUUGUCCCAGUACAGCAGUGAUCCACGGACGGAGUGGAACCUGAACACCUAUGUCACAAGGGACGAGGUGUUAGAGGCGGUGAGGAACCUGCGAUAUAAAGGCGGCAACACUUUCACAGGCCUCGCUUUGUCCCAUGUCCUAGAACAAAAUCUGAAACCUGAAGCUGGCGCCAGGUCGGACGCAGUCAAGCUGGUGAUCCUCUUGACUGACGGAAAAUCACAGGAUGAUGCCAACCAAUCUGCCCAGACCUUGAAAAAUAUGGGCAUAGAGAUAUUUGCCAUUGGGGUGAAAAAUGCAGAUGAGGCAGAGCUGAGACAGGUGGCAUCAGAGCCCCUGGAGCUCACCGUGUAUAACGUGCUGGAUUUCCCCCUGCUCAGCUCGCUGGUCAGCAGGCUCACCCGCGUCUUGUGCACCAGGAUCAAAGAGAAGCGCAAGAGUGAAAACUCAGGCAGUUCUGUGAAAGCUGUCUUGGCCAACACUGGUCCCCAUCUGAGUCCCACCAACCUUAUGAUAUCAGAGGUGACCUCCAGAAGCAUGCACCUUUCCUGGACUCCUCCGCUGAGACCACCAAAGAAAUAUAGGAUUGUAUAUUACCCAUCCAGUGAAGGAACCCCCAAAGAGGUAGUUUUAGAUGGAUCUGCCUCCUCCACCCAGCUUGUCAAUUUGACCUCGCACACCGAAUACCUGGUUUCAGUGUUUCCUAUUUAUGAAAAUGCCGUUGGAGAUGGGCUGAGGGGCAUCACUUGGACAUCUUUGUCACCACCCCUUUCCCUGAGAGCGUCUGAAGUGAGCCAUAACCAUCUAAGACUGAGCUGGCAGCCGGCAAGUGGAGCUACUCAGUACCUGGUGCUCUGUUCAGCGGCCCCCAAUGGAGCAGAGGAUGAUACCAAAGAGGUGAAAGUGGAACAGCCCGAGGUUCUGCUGGAUGGGCUGUCUCCCAGCACCGAGUACUCCGUAGCGGUGUAUGCCAUGUACGGGGAAGAGGCGAGUGAUCCAGCCAGCAUCCAGGAAACCACCUUGGCACUGAGCCCUCCUAGACACCUGAGUUUCUCCGAGGUCAGCCAUGGGUCUGUCAAGGUCAGCUGGGCCGCGGCUUCGCGUGCUGUGAGAGCUCACCGUGUGACCUACAACUCAAGCAGAGGGAGCAAUGCCGGGGAGGUUGAAGUUCCCAGCAGUGCAUCAUCCACCGUGCUGAGACCUCUGUCCUCUCUCACCCAGUACUUCAUUAAUGUCAGCUCCAUUUAUAAUGAAGGCGAAUCCUUUCCGCUUACAGGCAAUGUUACCACAUUAAAGGUUCCACCACCAAGUGACCUGAAGGUGGCUGAGCUCUCAGGAAACAAUGUCCAGUUGCAAUGGGAAGCAGCCGCUGCCUCUGACGUCCUGGUUUAUCAGAUUAAAUGGAAUGCAAGUGGAGAAGAGAGCUCCCAGGAGCUGUCUGUUGCUGGGAACCUGGCUGUUGCCAGCUUACCAGGAUUGAAAAAGAACACAGAAUACCAGAUAUCGAUCUGGGCAUAUUACAAGGAUGGAGCUCGAAGCGACACUGUCUCUAUUCUGCACAGAACCACUUCCCAGAGCCCACCCACCAACCUCGUUAUAGACUCGGAGACCCCCAAUAGCCUGCAGGUCCACUGGAGACCCCCUGGCGGCCACAUACAGUACUACAGAGUAACCUACGCUCCUGAAUCUGAUGACAGUGCUCAGCAAACAAUAAUGGUUUCUGGUAAAAGCAGCGGAGUGACCCUGCAGUCACUGCUUCCCAAUACAGAAUACAAGGUGAUGGUUUCUGCUGUCCAUGACACAGGAGAGAGUGACGUUGUAUCCACUAUUGGCCAAACUGCUUCUGCCUCGGCUAAACUGCCCUCAGCACAAGGCUCCGGUCCCUUCCAAACAGAGGCUUGCCCCACUAUCAGUUCCACUGAAGGCUCUCUGCAAGGAUUUGACAUGAUGGAAGCUUUUGGACUGGUGGAAAAAGAAUAUGCCUCCAUUAAAGGAGUGGCCAUGGAACCGUAUGUGUUCAGCGGGACCCGUACUUACACUCUCUUCAGAGAUAUUCAGCUAACCCAGAGAACAAGUGAAGUGCUUCUCUCUGGGAUUCCAUCUGCGCAUACCAUCAGCAUCCUCCUCCGGCUCCUCCCAGAGGCUCCCAAAGAGCCCUUUGCUGUGUGGCAGCUAACAGAUGAGGAUUUCCAGCCACUCCUCGGGGUUAUACUUGACUCCAGUAAGAAAUCCUUGACCUAUUUCAAUCAUGACUACAAGGCUGAUUUACAGGAAGUCACCUUUGACCAACAGGAAGUGAAGAAGAUAUUCUAUGGGAGCUUUCAUAAGGUGCACAUAGCUGUGAGCCGUUUCAGGAUCAAACUCUACUUGGACUGUAAGAAAAUAGCAGAGAAACUGAUCAAUGCUAUGGGAAGCGUCUCCACAGCUGGCUUCAUCAUGCUAGGAAAACUGACAGGAACCAGAGGACCCAGGAGUGGGUCAGCAGCGUUCCAGCUGCAGUCUUUACAGAUUGUUUGCAGUGCCUCGUGGGCAGAGGAAGAUAGAUGUUGUGAUCUCCCGGCACUGAGAAAUGAAGAGACCUGCCCUACCUUGACUCCUUCCUGCACCUGCACUUCAGGUAUCCCAGGCCUGCCAGGUCCUCCAGGGCCCCCUGGCAGUCCUGGGAGAAGAGGACCGCAAGGGGAACAAGGGAAACCAGGGCCGAAGGGUGAGCCAGGUCCUCCUGGACAAGCCGGACCGGAGGGUCCUGGUGGACAACAAGGGUCACCAGGCUCCCAAGGAAUCACCGUGCAGGGUCCAGUGGGGCCACCAGGAAUUAAAGGGGAGAAAGGAGACAGUGGAAUCCCAGGCAUGCAGGGUAUUCCUGGUGCCCAGGGAGCUCCAGGCAGAGAUGGCAUUCAGGGUGCAAAGGGGGUGAGAGGACUGGAAGGCACAGCAGGGCCUCCGGGGCCACCAGGACCCAGGGGUUUCCAAGGAAUAACAGGUUCCCGAGGCAGUAGUGGAGAGCGAGGACCUCCAGGUGAUGUUGGACCCACCGGUCUGCCUGGUCCAAAGGGGGAAAGGGGAGAGAAAGGUGAACCACAAUCCCUGGCCACAAUUUACCAGCUGGUUAGUCAGGCUUGUGAGCAGAUGAUUCAGACUCAUGUGUUGAAAUUCGACUCAUUCAUCCAUGAACAUACAAGGAAGCCAGUUCCUGUGUGGGAUGACACAUUGAAGCCAGGAGGACCUGGACCACCAGGUCUUCCAGGUAUCGCUGGUACUAGAGGAGAAAGAGGAGAAGACGGUAUCCCAGGACAGCCAGGCAAAGAUGGGUAUCCUGGGGAAAGAGGAGGACCAGGACCCAAGGGUGAGAAAGGGAUGGCUGGAGCCAGGGACGAAGGAGUCCAAGGACCAAGAGGACGAGCAGGCCCUCCAGGAGAACAAGUCAUAGGGGACCCGGGUCUGAAGGGUUCCCCCGGGAGCACCGGUACUCCAGGUUUUCCUGGUGCCAGAGGCCAUCCUGGGACACCUGGCUACCCAGGUGGUUGUGAUAUCUCUGGAUGCUACAGGGCAAGCACAAGAGAUUUCAUCCCAUGAUGACUGAGGCAUGGGCUCCUGUGGACAGGUCUCUGUCCUUUGGAAACUUCUGCACUAAGGUUCUAUCUAGCCAGAGCGUAAUUGCAACUUGAACACCCAAUACAAACUUUCCCCCCCUUGCACUGGAUUUUUGUACGGAGGCAUAGAACUCUAAACUAAGCAUAAAACACCACCCACAAAACCAGACUGUAUGCAGCUGGUACCUAGUCAUCCCCUCUCACCUGUAUUUCUGUGUUGUUAUCUGAACCAUUGUGCCUUGGACAGUUGGUGUGUCUGAACUGAUGUCAGGUGUCCCACAACAGGGUAAAGAAAUACAGUUUGAGGUUCACGCUGUUCAAAUUACACGGGAGCUGAGCCCAAAGUAGCAUUAAUGGUAUAUGAAAUGUUCAGAGAGAGUCUGGAACAAUGGCUCGUGUUUGUCCACUUAUGCUUUAUUUUUUCCGCCAUUAUUGUGGGUCACCAGUAGCUGAGCAAAACAGUACAAGGUACCGAAAGAUGCAAAUCCAUAGAAUGGGGACACUGCCAUGUUCUCUGUGGGGUGACAAUGGAAUAAAGUCUAAUACUAUUGCUACUGCUUCUACCUUUGGCACAAUAUUGAAGUCUUCCUCCCAGUUUCAUUAUGUACAUGACGAUCAUUGGACUAUGGUGUCAAGUAUCAGGGGGUAGCCGGGUUAGUCUGUAUCUACAAAAACAACAAGGAGUCUGGUGGCACCUUAAAGACUAACAGAUUUAUUUGGGCAUAAGCUUUCGUGGGUAAAAACCCCACUUCUUCGGAUUCCAUGGACGAUGGAAUCACCUUUGCAGAGGAAUGGUGGAAGCCCAGGUGCCUAGUCUAGUUUUAUACAUAUCAAGCAAAGUACUAGAAAAUAGAGCAUUUGUGCAUAAUAAGGGAUGGCCUAGAGAACCUCCUUGGCCUUCUCCAUAUCGGCCUUCUAGGCGUAUAGUAACAGUUUCCAUUGUAUCACAUCAAAUACUGCAUAGCCAUAGGGCCCAAUUUUAUCAAUAGGAUACUAGAGGUGUUUGUUAGUGUCUGACAUUCUAAUUGUACAGGCCAUAAUUGUUCAUAUUCAUAUACCAAAUUUAUUUUGAUAUUAGUAAUGCAACGCCUUAAUGGUAAUUGUUUGUUAUUUUAUAUUGUACCAGCUUGUAUUGGUCCCAGACCCGAGCUACAUUGUAACUGCUUUCAAAUAAUUGCUCCUGAACCUGGGUUAUCGACACAAAGAUGAGCAAGUUCUGUGAAUAAAAUGCCACUGGCGUUAGAAAAUCUGGACCGACUCUUCUUGCAUCGCGUCUACAAAAAAGCUUAGAUACAA